AUGUAUGGACCCCCGGUGGAUCUAUCGUUUAAGGAUAUCAGCACCACUAGAGGUGCGACGUUGGAGGUGCCCCGAAGCGGCUGGCGGCCUUCAAGGACAGAUUCGAAGGGGAAGUACCUCAGCCGCUCGCUGCGUCUGAGCAACAACAGCAUCUCUGACCUCGCCGGCCUGGAGUACAUCUGCGAUCACUUCCUGGCUGAGCCGUCGAGGGUCGGCUGGCUGGACCUGUCGUUUAACCAGAUCACAUCCAUCGACCCGGUCGUGUGCGAGCUGCGGGAACUGCGCGUGUUGUACCUCCACGGGAACGGCAUCUGGGAGCUGUCCGAGGUAGACAAGCUGAGGGAGCUGCAGUGUCUCCACACCAUCACGCUACAUGGAAACACCAUAGAAUCACACAAGCAUUACAGGAAACAUGUCAUCUUUACCCUGCCUCACUUGAAGACAAUGGAUUUCAGCGCCGUGACUCACGGGGAGCGAGUUCUGGCAGAUGUUUUUCAUCAGUGCAGCAUACGUGGAAAAGCGACCAAGAAGACCCCUCAAUGA